AUGGCGUCCCUGCGUAAGUCGGUCCUGCAGAACAUCACCGUCGAGACAUUCUAUGCCUCGUCAAGGGUGCACCUCCAGCAGAACCUUCGAUCUUCAUUACUACCGGCCAUCCUAGCAUACACGAAAGAUCUUAUACCACAGGAUUUCGCUUCCGAAUAUCCUUGGGAUGUCUUACUUCCCGACGAUGGACGUAUCACUACACUCAUCUGUUUGGCAAGGGACAUGACUUUGUGCGAGGUCGACUCUAUCUGUAAUGGCUUUGACCCUGAUAUAAACGGCAACUUGACAUCCCAGAGCGGCUUCAAUGGGCACCCGCCAUAUAAAUUGGAUCCAAAGUCGUAUGAAAUCUGGUCGGGGGUCAAUGAGCGUCCGCUACUUGAAGACCGGAGCAUCUUCAUUAUCGUCUACCACUCUUCGACUGGCACACAUACCGAAGCGUACUACAUGAAGCCUGAAUUCUACAUAUUACUUGGCUACGGACGUCACGAGAAGUCGCUGUUCCAGGAUCUCGUAGAGAAACGCCUCAUUAGACAAUUCCAACUCCCCAUCCUACAGCUACUAGGGGUGACGGACACAGCACACUUGUUCUUAUCGGACCUUGAGAGUUUCGAAAAAUACGUCGAUGGCACACCUCCGAUUCAUGCGGAUGCCGUGGAUGACAUAUCGCGAAGGGUCGAGGCUUACUACGCUGCAAUGGCGAAGAAAGAAUGGGCAGACUGGGAGGCUCGCAGGGCAACGAGGCGAAUACCAGGCAUAGCUGCUACUUCAACUACAAGUACAGAACGUAAAACGGACCCGGAGGCGUCCUUACAGACGCCGCCGCCGGAGCAGCCGCAUACCCAUGAUUAUCGUCUAGACACCCCACAUACGCCCACGAGAUCAUGCCAAGCUCAUCUGCCUGACUCAGCAUGCCACCCGCGAAUAAAGACAGAAGAGUUUAAUUGGUGUAACGAGGAUAAGAAUCAGUCAGUCUCCGUAAUCGAUCUGUGGAAGUUUCCGCCUCCUUACGGAGACGAGUGUACGACUUGA